AUGUUAUGGUUCAAUAGCAGUAAUGCAUCAACAGAAAGUGUCGAUGAAAAAUAUAAAUUUGUUACUUAUUAUCCAUUGACUCUUAUUAUUGUUGGUACUCUAUUCAAUUUUUUUACUUUUGCUAUUCUUUGGCGACCAAUUUUUCGAGAUACAAAAAAACGACCAACAAUUCAUUAUAUACGAACAAUAGCUAUCUUUGAUAUUCUUAUGUUAUAUGGAUGGAAUUUAGAUCAUUAUCUUUCUGGUGCAUAUGGAUUUAUGCUUCAAACUUAUUCAAUACCAUUCUGUAAAUUUUGUUCAUUUUUAAAUUAUUUUACAGCACAAGUUUCAGCUUGGUUACGUGUUUUUAUUUGUCUUGAUCGAUAUUUAUCAUUAAGUCAUCGUCAUAAAACAUGGUUUAGUCAAUCAAGAAAUGUUCUUAUUAUUAUUAUAUUCAUCAUUAUAGUUUUUACUAUUAUUAAUUUUCAUUUUUUUUUAUUUGCUUGUUAUUAUAAUGAAAAUGGCACAGUGAAUAUACAGGCUCGUCACUAUCAAAUAUAUCCAUUAUGGGAUUAUAUCAAUUUAGGUCUUUACAAUUGUGCACCAUUUAUUUUUAUGAUUGUAUUUAAUAUUGGUGUAAUAUAUCAUUUGAUUCAUCUUCGUCAAACAAGUACAAUUCGAAAAUCUCGAAUUCAACAUCGUUCUAUAUCGUUGACAUUAGUGAUUACAACAUUUCUCUUUUUAAUAAUGACCAUACCUGCUACAGUUUCUUUUGGAUUUUUUUUUUCUACUGCAGAUUCUUUUGUUUUACAUUUAUUUGAUUCAAUUCUGUACACAUAUCAUAUAUUAUCAUUUCCUAUAUAUUUGAUUACAUUUAAAGAAUUUCGGCAAGAAGUUUUUCUAUUGAUAAUUCCUUGCAAAUAA